AUGGCAGGCGCUCUCGACUGGAUCAGCAAGCCAGAAGAGACACGGGCUCCUCUGAUUGAGGGCGUUACCUUCGCGCUCUUGAGUGUCAGUACCGUUGCCCUUGGUCUUCGGCUAUGGCUACGAUGGAAGUAUAGCAAGUUGCAAGCGGAUGACCUCUGCCUAACUUUCGCCCACGUUUGCCAAAUUGCUUUCUCAGUCACAUUAGAAUUUCAAAUAUCCAAGGGCUUUGGCAAGCAUGGCCUGGAUGUGCCCUUUUCAAACCUGAAUCUAGCUGCCACGUACGGCCUGAGCAACAUCACAAUCCUAACUGUUGGCACCACCGUCGCGAAGAUCUCCUUCGCGCUCACGCUCCUCAACCUUGCAAACAGUCUAUGGAAGUGGAUUAACUGGGUCAUCUGGGCAAUCAUCGUCACUCUGGUUGUGUUUGCAGCGCCAGUGGCGACGUUGCCCUGGAUCCAGUGCAAGCCAUUGGCCAAGGUGGUAAUCGACUUCCUUCCCGGAACCUGUAUCAACAAAGCGCCCACUGUCAAUCUUGGCAUCUUCCAAGGAGUGUACUCUGGAAUCAUGGACUUUCUGCUCGCGAUGAUGCCAUGGAAGAUCAUAUGGAGUCUACAGAUGCGGCCAGUCGAAAAGUUUGGUGUGGGUAUAGCCAUGAGCCUUGGAUGUUUGGGCGGAGUCAUGGCCUUUAUGCGUGCUUCGGAAGUCCCCGGACUCGCGACAAAGGACCCCUCGUACGACGGUGUGCUCGCGGUCAUGUGGGGAGAGAUUGAGCUCGCGACAACAAUCAUCGCCGCAUGCAUCCCAGCCUUGCGCAGACUAAUCCACAACAAGACGGGAAGCUCGCACAAGAGAACAGAGGAUGGCAGGGACCGGAGUGGCGGGUCAAGCGCUGCUGCUGGAAGCAAACGCAGUAGGCCUUCCAGGACGCACACCAUUGUGGCCACGCCAGAGUUUUCCGGCAGCAACACAUAUGAGAUGGAGGCAAUCAGCCAUAAAGGGGACUCAGGAGAUGAACACGCUUCGUGUAACAAUGCUGCUGACAACGAAAGGAGCAAGAAACACAACUCGACCUCGAGCAAGUGGUACUCUAUCUACGAGAGGGAUACGGCCCGUAAUAGUGACGAGAGUGUCAUACUAGCGGAGCACGGAGAGCGCUGA